AUGCCUACUCCAUCCAAUCUGACACAGACACUGGAAUAUGUCUUCAAAAGGAUUUUUGUUACUUAUAUGGACAAUUGGCGCAGGAACACAACAGCUGAGCAAGAGGCCCUGCAAGCCAAAGUCGAUGCUGAGAACUUCUACUACGUCAUCUUGUACCUUAUGGUUAUGAUUGGAAUGUUCUCUUUUAUCAUUGUAGCCAUCCUGGUGAGCACAGUGAAAUCCAAGAGACGAGAACACUCCAAUGACCCGUACCACCAGUACAUUGUGGAGGACUGGCAAGAGAAGUACAAGAGUCAAAUCUUGAACCUAGGAGAACCAAGGGCCACCAUCCACGAGAACACUGGUGCAGCAGGGCUCAAAAUGCCUCCUUGA